GGCAGUCCACACAUUGUGACACCACCACCGCGCGCCCCGCGCACGAAACCCCACCAGCCGCCAGACUUCAGACUUGGGGAGCGGCCCCACCGGCGCGCGGCCGGAGCAAGCCUUGAGCCAGAAGCAGUGUGCUGCGGAAGCCUCAUUCUCCUCCUCCUCCUCUAAGCAGCAGCUCCCCGUUGGCCCAAGGCCAAGAGAAAGAGACCCGCCGCGCCCCGCCCACACCCCCGAGACCGAGAGCCAGCACGCCGAUCCGCGCCCGGUCGACGAGGCGCAUCCUGCUCUCGUCCUCAUCAGCGCUUGGGAGAACGGCAACGGUUACCGCUCGACCGCCAUGGUGGAAUCCAGUGGCCACCGGAGCGCCACCGCCCCCACGGCCGUCGGGUUCUUCCGUGUCCCGGGCCUGUUCGUGAGGCUGAGCAGCAGCAAGGGGGGAGGAGUGAGCAAUGCCGUGGACGCCGACUCGGUCUGGAGCCCGACCUCCCCGCUGGACUUGAAGAACCACCUCCGGUCCAGCCCGCCGAGGGUCGGCCUCGGCCUCGUCGACGCCCUCACCGCCGACGACGAGACCGGUUGUUCCAUGCACUUCGGCGGCAGGAGCUCGUUCCUCGACUCCAUCAAGCCGUUCCUCGACCUGGCGCUGCCCAAGGCGGCGGCGGCGCCGGUGUGCGGGAACAAGGCGGCUGCUGCUGCCCCUGCGUCGUCGGCCGGCGGCGUCGCCGCAAGGGUGGAUGAGGUGAACGAGUACCCGUACGCCGACUGUGAGGAGUACACUUGCGUCAUCUCGCGCGGGGCCAACCCGAGGACCACGCACUUCCUCGCCGGCGAGACGGUGGAGGCGGUGCGCAGGGGCGGCGACGUAGGUGGCCGCUGCAGGGAGGUGAUUUUCAGCAUUGAGCCGUUCAGCGACCAGCUGCUGCCGUCCACGUCCUCGUCGUCGGCGGCGGCAACCGCUAGCGUCGCGUCCGGCAGGUGCUGCUGCUGCAUGAAGAGGCUGCAGGAGAACAAGGACAUCUUCAUCUACCUGGGAGAGAAGGCUUUCUGCAGCAGCGAGUGCAGGAAGGGGUACAUCGAGGAGGCGGACGAGGAGGUCAUGAUGAUUCUGGAUCCUGCUCGAAAUCUUUGAUCAGGAUUUGUUUAAUGCCGUGGCAAAGUAGUAGUGGUAGUAUAAUAUUGCCCGCAAGAUUUCUUUUUUCUGCUGCCUUCAACUUUAGGGACUACUGGGAGAGUGAGGGGGGAAACAAAGGAAGGGGAAAAAAUGGAAAUGCCUCUCGUUCAAGUUUUUGCUGAAAGGAGAGGUGGUUGUCCAGGUUUGGCCAGUCAGUGCAACGGCCGGCCGAGCCAAUUUUCGUGAUUUGUUGAGCUCCAUUUUGGCUGCUGUCAAACUAGUAGCUCUUCGCCAUCAAUAUAUUAUUACUGUUUUGUUUAA